AUCUACUUCAAAUCAGAACUUUCCAUCCUUUCCAGAUGCUGCUUAUACUGAAUUUAUGGAACUUAUAUCAAAAUAUCAUUUAUCUGAUUUAGCUGGAAAUGCUGUUUUGAAGUGGUUCAAUAAGCAUCAUCUUCGAGAAGAUGUAAUCUUACCAAAAAAUAUAACACAAGGAUGUGAGUUUGUUAAUUCUAUAUAUGUCAAACAUUUAUUAUACCUUAGAAUAAAGAUUCUAAAAUAUGAGAGUGAGGAAUAUUAUCUUUACCAUCGACCAGUCUUUGAUGCUAUUAAAGAACUUUUAUUCAAUGCUGAUAUAUUAAAAUAUUGUCAAUGGGAAUUUUCUGCAGAAUAUAUUACCAAUGAUAAUGGGCAAUAUGAAUGUAUAUAUGGAGAACAAUGGACUGGAUUAUGGUGGAAAC